AGUACUUUGAUACUUUGAAGAUAAAGAAGAAACUUCAACGGAGAAGAAACAUAGGAAUGUGCACAUUAACCUCAAAACCAUGUAAACAUUGACAAGAGAUCUACCGGAACGAGCAAGUUAGACGAUCAACACUAAAUGAAAAGAGAUAGAGUAAGGAAGGGAAGCAUUUUGAGCGUAUCCUAGGCGAAGUUGGACAAAUUAAACACCGGAGCCAUGAAUCAGAUGAAGCCGGAUAAGCCCGUGCAGCAGAACCCACCGAUCGUGCCCGUUCAGAUGGACUCCUCGAUCGCCAUAAGAAUAGCAAUGGGCGCAAAAAUGAGUUACGAGAGAUCGCUGAUGGCUCGCACGGAUAUCUGGCACAAGGUCAGGGUCAUCCGGGGUUCGCUGUACGACAAGGAGACGGUCCUGAAGGCUAUCCUGAGAGCGACAGAGCCAGCCGACCUGAUACCGGUCAAGUAUCAGGUUUGCGGAGAGGACGCGUACUUCAUAGCGAGAAACUGCGGGCCGGCCCUCGAGAAACUCUGCAAGACCAAUCUGAUCAUCAAGAACGUCAUGGGCGAUGCCGUCAUUCUCGUGAUAACGUUGGGAUACGCGUCGAUCCACGACCUGAAGAUUCACAUACAGCCGCUGCUGCUGACAGCGCUCACCAAGAGAUACGAUCCGAAUCAGAAGACCCUGAACCUGGAGCACUUUCACAUGGACCCGGACAUAGACAAGACCGUGUACUGUCCGAUGUCGCAGCUCAGAACGUCGAACCACGUGCUGAAGCUGGCGAAGACUGCGAUCGCCACUUUCGAGCACCUGAACUUACAGCGCAACGAACUGAUCACUUUGUCGGCGAUCGAGAACUCGAAUCUAACGUCCAUCAAGUAUCUGGAUCUGAGGCACAACAGCCUGCUGAACAUGAACACCCUGACUCCCCUGAAGAACCUGACGAUCACGAAAAUUUGGCUGGACGGGAAUCCCCUGUGCGAGAAUUACUCGAGCGCGGACCAGUACGUGGAGUCCGUGAAGAGGUAUUGCCCGCACUUGGAGGAGCUGGACGGCGUGUGUAUCGUGCCGAACAUGCCGUUGAUCUACAGGGACUACUUCUCGAACGACAAGACGCAACGCUUGGUGCACCGUUUCGCCGCGCACUUCUUCACCUUGUUCGAUCAGCUCGACAGGACGGUCUUGAGGGGGCUGUAUCACAAGAACGCGUUCUACUCCAUGACCCUGGCCAUUCCGAACACUUUGGCGCAGAAGAUGAAUUUCAACCAGUAUCCGAGAAGAAAUUUACUGAGGAAGGGGCCGAAGAAGAACACGUUCCUCUAUCAGGGUCAGGAGGAAAUACUGGCGAAUCUGAACAAGUCGCCCAGGUCCUAUCACGACCGGAGUUCCUUCAACUACGACGUCAUGUUCGACGACGGCGACUGCUUGGUGGUGUGCAUCUCAGGACUGUUCAAGAAACUCAGUUCCGGUACGAACGUACUUUCUUUCUCGAGGACGUUUGUCCUGACGGCCUCCCUGGACAACGAAUAUCACAUUAUGAAUGAUCAGUACCACAUCGACGUAGCGCCCAAAAACGUAACACCCGAUAAAGUGGUAGUGAAAUAUUCAUACGACGAGAUCGUGCCGAUCUGUUUUAGUCCGACUGAGAAAUCAGUACUAAUUACUAGGAUAAGACAGAUCACCAUGUUGACUGCGGAAUGGUCCGAAACUUACCUGUCGGAGGCUCAGUGGGACAUGCGAAAAGCGAUAACUAACUUCAUGAAAGACUUUAAAAGUAAUGCAAUACCGGAACACGCAUUCAGCAGAUAGAACACGCGCGCAGCGAUACAUCACGUUUUCUAAACGAUAUGUAAAUAGUUAGAAAGCGAUAAUGUCCAUAUGUAAAUAUAAUAAAUGGUUACGUUUUUAAAAGUU